AUGGACCCAGAGGUUCCAGUCCUCUUAACGAUACUGAUAGACAACUUUUAUGAGUCGCUCGCGGGCCUCUUGGAAGACUACUGCAGCGGAGCGAUCGCAAGCUCGAGAGAUGCAGGGCGCAAUCUCAGCGUGGAUGAUUUUGAGACAGGCAUUGACUUCAAGUUCACGUUCUCCCCACCGUUCAGCCACACCGCGAUGCACAGAUUCAUGACUGUGUCUGAGCACUAUCAAGGGGCCUUCCUAGAGUGGCGAAGGAGUCUGGAUACACGCGAAGAUCGAGGGCGCAAACGAGGGCUUGAACCUACGGUGACGCGCUCGGGCCGCAUGUCAAUCCCGACGGCUGCUUGUCGUGCAGGGCUUGAAGCCACGCGAGAGCGCGAGCGCCGGAAGGAAAUGCAGAAGAAAGGCGCGUCCGUGGCCGGUAUCGCACCGAGCACCAGUUCGCGCCUACUCGGAAGGCAAGUACAGUCGGCGACAGGACACAAUGACGGCCGCGAGGAAGACCCCGACGGUCCAGGGGUGCACUGUCCAAAUUGCGGGCACAAGAUCCAAGGCAUGCAGGCAGCGGCUCUUCCACCCACAUCCGGACUCGGCCUGGACCUGGUGAACAUGCCUCCUGCUCUCGAACGGGUCGCACGGCCGGCAUUGAUACCCUUACCGCCCCAAGUCGCCCGGGGAGAUGAGAACGCGGUUCGGGUCCUUGCUCCCCUGCCGCGACGCCAGAGCGAAUCUACAACGAGCACCCCCGUAAGUCAUGGCCGGUCCCAGUCGGUCUCGGCGCGCAAGGCGGACAGGCCCAUCCCGAUCCCGAUCCCCACCCCCAUCGAGCGCUCCUACAGCAGCCCUGGUACAUCUGUGGGUCUAAUGUCGGGCCCGUCUACGCGAGGGCGGGCGGCCGGGGCGUACAACGCCACGCUUGCACAUGCGCCUGCGCAACUAUCUUCGCUGUCUGUGUCGUUCGCUUCUGCCCAGACGUUGCUGACUCAGGGUAUGUACACGGACUCUGGCUUGGGGUUGUCGAACUCUGGAUUGAGUGGAACGGACGUUACGACUUCGAGUGUCGCUAGGACAGGUCCGGCGCCGCAAGACACUCCAGCCGAGCCCAUCAUGCCUCAGGGACAGGGAAGUGGAAAUGCGACAAAGAAGAGACGGGUGCAGCAGAAGAAGACUCGGAGGCGAUAA